AUGGCAUUCGCUAGCGUGUUCGCUCCAAAUUCACCUGAAGAAAUUGCUUGCAAACUUUCAGCACCCACAGGUUUAGAGCCUCAAUAUCAAACUGCAGCAUCUACACAUUCUCCAAGCAGAACAGACAAUUCACUCAAUCCAAAGCCACUUUCACUACCAAAAACAAUACCAAACGAGCUCCGUAUUACAAAGAACCACAGCAACGCUGAACUACGCAAAAUACUACUCAGAUUGUCUGAAGAAUACUUCAAUUCAAAGCCAGAAGAAAGAGUUCCUGCAACUUUUAACAAAGAAUAUUGUGAACAACUCAACAAAGUUCUUGCAGACUUUACCAAACUACAAAAAGAAACACCUGACCCAUUCGAAUUAGGUGACACAAUUGUCAACUAUUUUCCAA